UUAGCUGUGAGGUUUACCACAGUCAAGAUCUCAAGAGUGUUGCUUAUUGAUUCUCACCAAUACAAUAUAUAUAUAUAUAGAUAUAUAUAUAGAUAUAUAUAUAUAGACACACACACACACACACCAUUCAUAGGGUGGUGUGCUGUUUAACAUAUCUAGGUACCUCAUCUAGCUUAUAUAAUGCUGCAAGAUCUUCUAAUGGAGCAGUAGCAAUGAAUACAGACUACUACAAUGUAUACUACAGCAGUAGCCAAUUAAUUAACCCAAAAGUAGAGAUGGUUUCUUAAAGUAUAUCCAUUCAUAUAAGAACACAAGAAAAUCUGAGAGCACCAAAUAGGAACAAUUUGAGUUUUACCUCCCAGCAAUACAUACAUAUUUCAGUUCAGGAGUGUAAACAAGUUUUGAGCAAUUCUUUUCAACAUAAUACAGGAGUCCCCUUGUUUGAUCAAUAACCCCUGACACACCUUUUGGAGGUGGUCUGCACAGAAUAUAGGUGACAAUUAUUUGACACACCUUUUGGAGGUGGUCUGCACAGAAUAUAGGUGACAAUUAUAUGUCAGGAAGAAAUUUGAAUUAAGCUUUUGUUGAUGGAAACACAUAAGUUAAUAUAACAUGUUAUCAGUAAGCAAGCAGCCCUCAAAGACAUGGUCAGAGGGAUCCAGAAUUCUUAGCAAGAACUUAUCAUGAAAAAAUUUAAUAACCUACUGGUGGGGGGUUCCAAGAGUCAAUAACAGGGAAAUAUCUGAUUUCCCUUAUUCUUCCAUGUAGAGACGUGCAAGCCAUGGGUUUUGAUGUUAGAAAGGAUGACAAGAGAACAAGUGCUAGGACUGGGAGAGUCACUAUCAGCAAAUGGGUUUGUUCUGCAGAGGGGAAAAGACGAGAGAAAUAUAUGGACAACAAUAACAAUGUCCGUAUGCCAAAGAAAUUGACAAGGUGUCACUGCCCAUGUUUUCUCAAGGUGAGGUACUUCAAGGAGAAGAACUCGUAUUAGCGAGAACGGAUGUAGAGAUAUGGGACACUUACCCGAACCCUGCACGCACUAUGGCUCGAAAUGAUCUUGUUUAUUUUGUGCUUUUGGUAUUGGACACAAUAUUUGACAAUGAAAUCCAAAGUAGUUUCAAGAAAGGAUGGUCGUUUUGUUCAUUCACAGUUUUCAAUGUAGAUGACAUUCACAUUCAACAAAACAACUCCGAUUGUGGCAUUUUCAUGCUCAGAUACAUAAUAAACUAUGAUAAUCCGUUGAAAGAUGAGUUAGAUUCUGUAAAUCGUCGUGUGCAACUUGCCCUUUGGAUGUUGAAGCACCCAAAGAACCAAGCAUGGGUGAAAAUUAAUGAGGCUUUAGAUAAUGAAAACAAAAAUGAUGGUGCCAAGAACAAGAUCAAGACAAUAGAAGAAAUUGAUGAAGCUACUGGAAAUAGUGUUGAUCAACAUCAGGGUAGGAGCUAUUCAAAAGUCGUGCAGAGAAAAACCUCAACACUACAAGCAAGGGGUCGUGGUCGCCCUCAUACUGCAAAGAAUAAAAACUCUCGAAAAUAAAUCUAAAAUUUGUUUUAAUAGAAUCUUUAUGAGAUUGUCAAAUGUUUUAGGAUAAUGAGUGCAAAUCUCUAUGUUUCAUUUCGUCAUUCCUCCUCACAACUUCAUCUAAAAUGUUUCUUCCCAAGUUUUUUUUUUUCAAAA